UAGCUACCUUCGAUAAUUUGCUUCUCCAUAUGAUUUUGUUUCUGUUUUUGAGUUAUACAGCUUAUCAUAUAACGCCAUUUUCUAAUUCUAGCAUUAAUAGAAGAUGGCCGAAGAAACCAGCGCCAUCUAGCGCCCAGCUUUAUAACAAGACGUCCCAAACCAUCUUCAGCGUCAACCUCAAAAUCUCUUGGAAUAGCUUAUAAAAGCUUUGAUGUUUUUAAGGAUUUGGAGCAAUAGAAAGUGCAACGGAGUCAAAUCUGGCGAUGGACUUAACAAAAAUAAGGGGAAAAUUUAGAAAUUCCGGUUUUUGCGCCAUCUAUCGCUGAAAGUGGACAUCUUCUAUUCGCCGAUGGAUCAAAAAUCGGGGGAAUUUAUCAAAGAAUCUGUCUCCGAGAUGUCAAAGAAUAUCUUCGCCGAAUUUGUCAGUUUGAAUCUUUACCCCAUCGCUGCUUGCACGUUUGAUGAUUCGAAAUUGACUUGCGACGGUGGCGAUUCGGAGGCGAACGCGACUUUACACCAAGCUUGCGCUUUUGACGCGUUGUCGCCGGAGAAAGAUGGGGAGCGCGAUGCCACCCAAGGGAUCAAAUACGUCGCUUGCACCAUGAACCCCCCGAAAGUCGACUUGGAACCGUGCGGAGAUCAAAUUAAAGAUGUCAAAGAUAAAGUUGAAAAAUGCGUCUCCGAACAAGCAUCAAUUGGUGAAAUGAUGAAAAAUCUAAAACGUUUUGCCGUCGAUUAUAAACCAUUUGUUGUGAUUGACGAGAAACAGAGUAAAACUCAAGAUCAGGCUGCCGUGAAAGCUUGGAUGUUGACGAUUUGUAGGGCUUUGGGGGCGAACGUUCCAACGGAAUGCAACUCAGUUCCGAAUUUCAAACGAUCUGACGUCGCGCCCAGCUUCCGUGACGACACCACGGAAGACGGAACAACCGCAGGAGCGGCCAAAUUAAUCACCAACAUUUUGAUGUCGGCCUUCAUGCUUUUAGGUGUGGGAUUGGUUGCUCAAUAAUUUCUUACUCAACUUAAUCUGGCGAGAGGGAGGGGAAUUUCUCUAUAUAUUUUUUUUUUAAUGAUUAGCUUAAAAGAAGCUCGUUUUGGACCUGAAUAUGGUUUUUUGGUGAUUUUUUUUCUUUGAAUCUGUGAAAUUGUUUUUAUUAAAUUUUUGUGACUUCUUAACUUUAAAAUUAA